UGCCGGCCUCUCGCCGCCGUUGCCGCGACUUGUAUGCCGCUCCCCUGCCGUCGCGACCACUACCACUUUUGCCUUGCAUGUCCACCGCCGCGGCGCCGCCGUCGCUGACGCUGCACCGCCCGGCGGUGCCCGCCACCGCCAGAGUCUCCGCCGCGGCGCCGGGCAACGCCACGCACCUCUCCAACCUCGACAAGCUCUUCCGCAACCGCGGCGCCGCCGUAGAGAGUUGCGCGGCGCCGGCGGCUGUGGAGCCGGCGGUCGCCGGGGCACGGAGGAGGCAGCAUCCGCUGCUGCGGCUGCCGUCGUUCCUCGCGCGUGCCAGGGGCGAGGCCCUGAGGGAGGACCCGGCGGCGCCGGCCAUGUCGCCGCGGCGGCUGGAGCGGCUGCUCCAGCCCGUGGCGCCCGACGGGCCCUCUCCGCGCGGGAACAUCGCGGCGGCGUGGCGGCGGCUGCACGGCGAGGACGGCUGGCGCGGCCUGCUCGACCCGCUGCACCCGGACCUCCGCCGCGAGAUCGUGCGCUACGGGGAGCUCGUCGACGCCGCGUACGGCGCCUUCCUCUCCCGCCCCGACGCCGAGCCGGGCCACCGCGUUCGCGUGCCGCUCCCGGACGCCGCCUACCGCGUCACGGCGCCGCUCUUCGCCACCUCCUCCGUCGGCCUCCCGGCCUGGCUCGCCGCCGCCGCGCCCUGCGCCGCGCAGCGGACGAGCCUCGUCGGGUACGUCGCCGUCUGCGACAGCGCCGCCGAGGUCCGCCGCAUGGGCCGCCGCGAUAUCGUCAUCGCGCUCCGCGGCACCUGCACCGUGCUCGAGUGGGCCGAGAAUGUCCGCGCCGGGCUCGUCCCGGCCACCGACGGCCACGCCGACGCCUCUCCGGAGGCGUCCAAGGCGAAGGUCGAAUGCGGGUUCUGGAACAUCUACAAGACCGCCGGCGAGCGCUCGCCGAGCUUGUCGGAGAUGGUCGUGUCCGAGGUUCGCCGGCUGCUCGACCAGUACAGGGGCGAGGAGGUGAGCAUCACGGUGACUGGGCACAGCCUGGGCGCGGCACUGGCGGUGCUCAUCGCCGACGAGCUCGCGGGCGGCGCCGCCCGGCGCGCCGGGGCGCCGGUGGCGGUGUUCUCCUUCGGCGGGCCGCGGGUGGGCAACCGCGCGUUCGCGGCGCGCGUGGAGGCCCGCGGCGCGCGCGUGCUCCGCGUCGUGAACGCGCACGACGUCGUGCCGCGGUUCCCGCCCAGCCUGCCGCUGCCGGGGUACGCCGACGUCGGCCGCGAGCUGCGCCUCGACAGCCGCGCGUCGCCGUUCCUCCGGCCCGACGCCGACGCCGCGUGCUGCCACGACCUGGAGGCGUACAUCCACCUCGUCGACGGCUUCCUCGGCUCGCAUUGCCCGUUCCGGGACAACGCCAAGCGCAGCAUCCUGCGGCUGGUGAAGAACCAGGGCGGCAACGUCAAGCAUCUGUACAUGAGCAAGGCCAAGGACAUGCGCAUCCAGCUCGACGGCGGCGGCGCCGACAUGCUCGGCCGCGUCGACAUGCCCGGCGCGGCGAGCACGGUGGUGGAGUGCGUGCACUGACGGCCGCAACGGCGACGCGAUCGAGCUGGUCUGGACUCACAUACGUUGGCCUUGGUCACCUUGGUCAUACGAAAACUGCUGUCUUGGCCUUAAUUAGUCCGGGGAAAGAAGGAGAGCGAUCUGAGCCACCGUAGUCGUCCGAGGAGACUGGAUCGGCUCCCGGGUGGGGUGGGGUUGCCUUCCGGGGCGGGAGCUCGAACCCCAGCCAACGGUUGCAGCAGGAGCUAGCGAUCCUGAUGCCUGAACCCCCGUGCAGUGGCAAGGCAGGUCGUCGUCGCUCGAUGAAACUGAGGCCACGAAUGAAAUGGGUCGGCUGGGGAAUUGGAAAUGGUCCGCCAUUGCUGGUGGCGUUGGUUCUGCUGCCCGAAGGAGGAAGAAGAAGAAGAAUCAACGUCGCUAGCAGGAAGAGAAAGGACGACCGCCGGCGGCGCUGCCGGUCAAGAUGGACGGUGUGAGGUCAGCAGGUGAGGAGAUCGGUCGGCUAGCUGUCGGCGUCACGGUUGUUCUCGCGCUCGGCGCUUCCAUGUUGUCCACAUCCGUAUGUACGGUGAUUAAUUAUCUACAAGUCUGUCACCAGUGAAGGAGCAAGGGAUGAAUCAAGGAAACACAACUCAA